AUGGGGAACUGCACUGGGUCGAGUAUGGAGGAACUACAAGCAUGUGAGAGUCAUCAGUGGUAUAGGAAAUUCAUGACUGAGUGCCCGUCUGGACUUCUCACCUUUUACGAAUUCAAGAAGUUCUUUGGCCUGAGCAACCUGUCGGAUACUUCAAAUGCCUACGUGAUGACCAUGUUUACAACGUUUGAUAUGAAUGAUGAUGGUUACAUUGAUUUCAUGGAGUAUGUAGCCGCUCUGAGCCUGGUGCUAAAGGGAGGAGUGCAGCAGAAGCUCCGCUGGUACUUCAAACUGUAUGAUAUAGAUGGAAGCGGCUGCAUCGACCGUGAUGAGCUGCUUCUCAUCAUUAAGUCUAUCCGUGCAAUCAAUGGAAUUCCGUGUGAGACGUCGGCAGAGGACUUUGCCAACAUGGUGUUUGACAAGAUUGACAUCAAUGGAGAUGGUGAACUAUCCUAUGAGGAGUUCAUGGAGGGGAUUCAGAAUGACGAAGAGCUGCUGAUGACACUAACGGAGUGUAUGGACCUCACACACAUCGUCCAGAAAAUUCAAGGAGAGAUGAAAACAAAAAACAGCUAA